AAAACACACAACGCACAAAGGCCCUCUCUGUGUUCCUUUCUCUCUGUUGAUUUUGAUAGGAAUCAAACCUUCUUAUUGGUCCAUUUGAUUGGCUUAAUUCACCUUUUCAUAUACAAAAGAGCAACUGAAUAAACAGAUCUGGAGCAGGUGGGAUUCAACGACAUCCUUGAGUACAUCAUAGUACACACUUACUUUGGUAAAGAUCAAUAUUUCUUCUGACGUUUGUUUUACACUCAGACAGCCAUGGGGAGGUGGUUCCGUAACGUGUUUGUUGAUCCCAAUAGCAAGGUGCUGGUCCCCGGUGCACAGCGACAGUCCACUACUGUGCCCGUGCUUGUUGGUUUGUUUGCUGCUGUUGGAGGGUUCAUCUACGGCUAUGACACCGGUAUUAUCAAUAGUAUCUCUGAAAUGGAGUACGUCAGAAGAACCUUUGCAGGUAAUGGUGAAAGCUUCACAGCGAGUGAGAUGAGUAUACUCACAGCGAUCUUGUCCCUUGGUACGUUCUUCGGUGCUUUGACUGCACCUUUGAUUAGUGACACAUUUGGAAGAAAAGUCGCCAUCAUAUUUGCAACAUUUGUUGUGUUUAUUGCGGGAAACUUGUGUCAGGUUGCUGCCAGUACCAUUCUACUUCUGUGCAUUGGAAGGUUCAUCACUGGCUUAUCUGUGGGGAUCAUAUCUGCGGUGGUACCCCUUUAUCAAGCUGAAGCUUCACCAAAGUACUUGAGAGGUGCCAUCAUCUCCACAUAUCAGUGGGCGAUCACUUGGGGGUUGUUGGUUUCAAGUGCAAUCUCACAGGCCACGCAUUCGAUAGAUAACUCUGCCUCUUAUAGGGUUCCAAUUGGUUUACAGUUCCUGUGGUCUUUGAUAUUGGGGUUUGGUAUGUUGGCGUUACCUGAAUCACCUAGAUUUUACGUUAGAAAGGAUGAUAUACAAGCAGCAGCAAAGGCACUCUCGAGGCUACGACGUGUUCCUGCUAAUGAUCCCGGAUUGAUUGAGGAAUUGGUUGAAAUAAAGGCAUCGCACGACUAUGAACUUUCAUACGGCUCGUACUCAACUUGGGAUUGUUUCAAAUCAGACGCCGCAAGACCACAUCAAUUAAAGAGAUUACUCACUUCAAUUUGCCUACAAGCCCUACAACAAUGCUCCGGGAUCAACUUCAUAUUUUAUUACGGAGUCAAUUUCUUCACGAAAACAGGUGUUUCCAACUCUUACCUGAUAUCUCUGAUAACAUAUCUUGUUAACGUGGCGUUGACAGUUCCUGGCUUGUUCCUCGUUGAAACUAUUGGUCGUCGUAAAAUCUUGCUAUUUGGUGCAAUAGUGAUGACCAUUGCAAAUCUUUUGAUAGGUAUAGUGGGCGUGACCACUGAUUCUGUUAUUGCAAAUAAAGUCAUGAUCGCUCUUGUGUGCUUGUUCAUUGCCGCAUUCGCAGCAACAUGGGGCCCAGUGGUUUGGGUCGUUACAGGUGAGAUAUUCUCCCUUGGUGUUAGAGGCAAAGCUGUAGCACUGAGUGCUGCAACAAACUGGAUUGUCAAUUUCGUAUUUGCAUAUAUUACACCCUACCUGGUUGAUACAGGUAAUCAUACUGCUGCCUUGGGAACAAAGAUCUUCUUCUUGUGGGGUGGUUUCAACCUUGUGAGCAUAGCAUUUGUGUAUUUUAUGGUGUAUGAGAUGAGGGGGCUCAGUUUAGAAGAGAUUGACGAAUUGUACCGCUCUUGUCCUAGUGCAUUGGUGUCGUCAAACUUUGUUGUUAAGCUGACCUUCGACCACGGGGACGGGGACGGCACAGAGUUGGAAGAGUAUCUACCUUCACCUGAGAAGAGGGAGGAUUCAUCCAGUGGCCCAAACACAACUAUGUUGGAACAGUGUGGUUCAAGGCCAUCGAGUGAAGACAACCGUCGCGGUGACAACAGCACGGGUGUUGCUAUUGAUAAGCACUAUUCUACAACCACAGAUUACAGUGGACAAGAUCAUAGCAUCACAGUCAACCCAGGAUACACGGUUGAUUUAGGAUACAGUUUGGGCGCAGGUCGUCGUGGACCGCCUUCUCUAAACACCAUGUCCAGUGAUGAAGAAUCAAUCCCUGAACGUGACCAUAUUGUGUAUGAGUCACUUUCUGGCUAUGUUGCAAGUCUAAGUUCUCGCAGUGAACAACCUGGAGGAGACCGGUCUUAUCGUGGCUCCUUCUCCACGCAGGCGCCCUCAACGUUUGACAGUGGUGCACCGUUUGGACAUAUAUCAAGUGCAGCUUCCACAACAACAUCCUCACAGGCAGAUAAAACGAAAGUGGCGGCAACUACGAGUAAUGAUCCAAUUUCUGGUCAGAAUGGUAAUCAAAACAAUGUCAGCACCGAUAAUAACAACAACGGCAAUAACAACAACAUCAAUGAUAUCACCAGCACUAAUAGCAACAGUGGUAGCGAUACCAACCACGGUGUAGCUGAUGGUACAGCUCAGAGUUCUAGAUGGGCUCUGAAAAAUAAUGAUCAUAACGACAAUAAUGAUAACGACAGUGGUUCAUCAAGCGGUGCAAGUUCCUUAUUCGACAAUUGAUUUUCACUGUAUAGCAUGAUUCCACAUUCAAUUCGAUUUAUAAUGUUUACGUUUCUCCUACUCCCC